AAAAGUUUUGAGGGAUUGAAUAUGAGUGGAUCUACAAUCUCUUCUUCCACCAGCUUCUUCAAAUCCUCAUUCUUAUUCCGCUCAAAGCCCUUGAGAGUGAAACAGAGUUUCUUCGUUCCAAAGUGUAAUCCUUCUCUGCGUUUCUGUCGGAAUCUCUUCGUUUCGGUUCCAAAGGCGUCAGAGAAUGGUUCCGUGGCUGUGGAGGACGACCUUCAUGCACUUUUGGAGAUUCUUCCUCGAGAUUUGCAUGAAAAUCUACGAAAUGAAUCCAAAAGAUCUCAACUCCUAGAGGUAAUACUGGAUUUGGGUCGCUUGCCAGAAGCACGUUACUUGGAUGAGCAUGGAGGACGAUAUUUGAGGAGUACAAAGGUAUCGAUGAAAGAGUUAGAGGAAGCACAAAAUGCUGUUGGAGAAUUUGGAGGCGACAAUAGAGCAGGAAUUGAGGGUACCUUGCAUAGAAUAUCUGCAAUAAGAAGUCAGAAAGGGAUGAUUGUUGGUUUGACUUGCCGUGUUGGGCGAGCAGCUAGUGGUCAUGUCGACAUGGUUCAUGAUCUCCUUCAAUAUAAGGAGAGCAUCUUGUUUCUUGGGCGGCCUGGAGUAGGGAAGACCACUGUCAUUCGAGAGAUUGCCCGUGUAUUGGCAGAUGAGCUUCACAAACGAGUGGUAAUUGUUGAUACUAGCAAUGAAAUAGGAGGUGAUGGAGAUAUUCCACAUGCAGCAAUAGGGGGUGCACGGAGAAUGCAGGUUCCAGAACCAUCUAUGCAACACAGGGUCAUGAUUGAGGUAGUAGAGAAUCACAUGCCUGAGGUCAUCAUAGUUGAUGAGAUUGGCACGGAAGCCGAGGCACUUGCUUGUCGUUCAAUUGCAGAAAGAGGAGUUAUGCUCAUUGGUACAGCCCAUGGAGAGUGUCUGGUGAAUAUUAUAAAGAAUCAUAUCCUUUGUGACCUGAUUGGAGGAGUGGAAACUGUGACUCUAGGAGAUGAGGAAGCACGAGCUAGAUGUUGUCAGAAAAGCAUCCUUGAAAGGAAAGCUCCUCCAACAUUUCCUUUUCUUAUUGAGAUGAGGGAAAGGCACUAUUGGGUUACUCAUCGGACAGAAAAAAGUGUGGAUAUGUUGCUCCAUGGUAAAAGGCCACUGGUUGAGGUCAGGAAGAGGGAUGAUCAAUUUAGGGUUGUCAUAGAAAGAUGGAAGACGUAUGAUGGGGAUGGAAUUUAAUUUUUUGAGAUUUUGUUGACAGGAAGCAUGCAGACUUCCAUACAAUCCAUAAGUGGAGUUAAAUGAGGUUAUUACCGAACCAUACCAUGUAUAGAUAAUGUGAAAUUACUGAUCUCAACAUUGUUCAACUUUUUGUUCACAUUAAAUAGUAUUAAUUGUAUUUUGA